CAGAGAAGAAGAAGAAGAGAGGAGGCGGAGUAAUACCUCCAUGUGAGUAACACGUUAGUUAGUGCUCACUAGAAGUAGUUGGUUGUUUCUUCCACCGCAGUCAGGCAGCUUGUCAGCGUUUUAAUCUCAACAUGAACGGUUUAGACGAGGAACCAAUGGCGCCACAGACCUUUCUCUACGGGUGCGUGCUGGAAUCUGGAAAGGAUGUGGUGUUCAACCCAGAGGAUGAUGACUUUGAGCAUCAGCUGGAUCUGAGGAUGGCCUGUGUGGACCCCAACACCAAAGAUGAACUUCACAUGGUGGAGGUGGAAGGACAAGACACAGAGGGUCAGAAAAUCAAGGCGGCGCUGGUCUCCCUUAAGCCCUCUACCCUGCCAAGUGUGUGCCUUGGUGGUUUCACAAUCACACCCCCAGCAAUUUUCCGUCUGAAGGCAGGCGCUGGUCCAAUCCACAUCAGUGGACAACACCUCGUCAUGAUGGAGACCGAUCAGUCUUUUGAAGAAGAGGAUGACGAGGAUGAAGAAGAGGAGGAGGAAGAUGUCAAAACAUCAAAGAAAAGAGCUGCUUCCUCUUCACCUGCCAAGUCUCAGAAAAAAAUGAGAAUGGAAAUGGAGGAGGAUGACGACGAAGAUGAGGAUGAUGACGACGAUGAUGAUGAUGAAGACGAUGAGGACGAGGAGAGUGAGGAAGAAGAGUCACCUGUUAAGGCCAAGCCGACGCCAUCCAAACCAAAAACCCCCGCUCAGAACGGCAAGAGUCCCAAACCCAACACUCCUGCCAAAAAGCAGGAAAAGAGUCCUAAAGGUAAGGGUGCCAAGUCACCUAAAACCCCAACAACUCCCAAAGCAAUUCUAACAGUUCCUGAGAUUCAAGCCAAGAUGAUGGAGGCAGUGAAGAAGGGAAUCAUAUUACCUAAACUGCAGCCCAAGUUUGAGAACUUUGUGAAGAAUGGCCAUAAUGUCUCAGACCCCAAGGUCGUUUCCGAGCUGUGGAAGUGGAGACAGACCGUGAAGGAUGCUAAAUAACCGUCUCAGGAGUUUUAUUAUCUUUUUUUUUUUAUGACUUGUUUAUACCCAUUGCACCUCUCAAACCCUCUGAAGCCAAACUCAGUGCCUCGCCAUUCAUCUCUAAGUCCAGUCCAGAGGACUAGAGAGAGACAGUGAUGUGGACGCUGACCGCACACUGUGGUGUUGCGUUGUCUUUCCUCCGUCAGUCACCCUCUCACUGGGGCAGACAAAUGAUUUGGUUUGUUGAAUAAACCCCCCGGAGAACCAGCUUACAAAUUUGCAUCUUUUUGUAAAUGUGUAAAUAAAAUUCUCGCUAGAUUGUCAUCACCUGAAUAUGGAGGACAUCUUAAUGUGUUUUUUAUAUAUACAGUAAUUUGGCCUCAUGCAGGAACAAUAAAAAUGCAUCACACACAUAAAGUAACAACUUCUCAACAAAUGACAAAACUUCAGCUAAUGUUGGCCUCGGCAUUUAAUGCAAAGUUUUUGACUGACAGACAUCAGCAGUAAUGAUCAAAACAUAGAUAUUGAUUGAGCAAUACAGAUUUUUCUAGUAUUGUCCAUGAACAUAAAUAAAACUUUGCACUUUUUGAAUGUUUAUGCUAUUGUGAGAUUCCUACGGUCAAGAUCCCAUGACCACAAUCUGUCUUAACAUAAUAGAUGUCAUUUUUAUCAUGUAUUUUACCGUCCCAAAGUAGUCAACCGUGUCACAAAUGAAGCAUCCUGCACAUUUCAGCACUGUAAGUAGAGAUUGGUUCAUUUGGGUUGUUUGUAUCACCAUGACUACUAGCCAACAGGACAAAGGUUGGAUAUUUAGUCUGAGUGACUGAAUGCAUGAAGGAAUUCCCCAAUUAGUUAUUUUUUGUUAACCUGAGUUGCUUAAAACUUUCCAAACAAGGAUUUGCAGAUGUUACGUUCUAAGAAAAGUCCCACCUGUACUCAGUUUGAUGAGGCCACAAGUUCUGUGCUCAUGUGACCAGUUUAAAGUAACGUUAAAAAUGUAAAUGUCGAUGCAUGAGGCCUGUUGAAGUAGAAGAUCAUUCCAUGUUCCCAAGAAACACGUGUAAGUUUGUAUGACCUAUAUAAAAUGUGCUGUGGGUUUGGAUGGACUAUACCAAGAUUCAUUAAAUAAAAAUACUAUGUAAGUGUUGCUGUUCUGUUUCUCUGCAACGAGAUUCUCUGAUGAUUUUACCCCUUUUUGAAGAUAAAUUCAGGUAUUUGAUUAUUUUUAUGUGCAACAAUGGUACUUGCUAUUAAAAUUUCAAGCACAGACAA